AUGGCAAUCUCACCUUAUACAACCUUCUUGAUCUAUGGAGGAAAUUUAAAUUCGGAGUGUUCAAGAUUAUGUGAUAAUGACAGUUCAUGUAAAGCUUACGCAUUAGACACAUAUAACAAUUAUUGCUACUUAACUACAAGAACCACCCCUGCCGAUGCCAGUAAGCGCAAAUAUUUUGCUUUGAAGAUAUGUUCAACUACUCCUAUGCCGACGACGACACAGAAUACGGACAUCUGUCCGUAUGUACUACAGCAAUACAUGGUAAUAGCCUCGUAUUUCGGUGUCUGGAGUAUUGGUAGCAAUUUAAACUCCGUGUGUCAAGAACUCUGUGAUGACUAUGUGACAUGUCAGUCAUACACUAUUGACUAUGCAACCAAUUACUGUUAUCUAAGCUCCUCUGACGAAAGUCGUUCAGAUUCAUCUUCUCAGAGAUAUUUUGGACAAAGACAAUGUCGAGUUACUAUGAAGGACAGUUUUAACUUCAUAAUAAGUACAAUGAAUUCAGACCCUGAAACGGAAUCGGAAACCAAAUCGGGUUUCUUAACAACGGAACCGGGGUUUGUUCUUACUACGGAGUCAGAUGUACCAUUUAGUACGGAUUCAGAUGAACCAUUUAGCACGGAGUCAGAUGUAUCAUUUACUACGGAACCAGAUGUACCAUUAACUACGGAGCCAGAUGUUCCAUUUACUACGGAAUCAGAUGUACCAAUUACUACGGAGUCAGAUUUACCAUUUAGUACGGAGUUAGAUUUACCAUUUAGUACGGAGUCAGAUAUAGCAAUUACUACAGAGUCAGAUGUACCAUUAACUACGGAGCCAGAUGUACCAAUAACUACAGAGUCAGAUAUACCAUUUACUACGGAGUUAGAUGUACCAAUUACUACAGAGUCAAAUUUACCAUUUACUACGGAUUUACCAUUUACUACGGAGUCAGAUGUAUCAAUUACUACAGAGUCAGAUGUACCAUUUACUACGGAGUCAGAUGUACCAUUAACUACAGAGUCAGAUGUACUAUUUACUACGGAGCCAGAUGUACCAUUUACUACAGAGUCAGAUGUACCAAUUACUACGGAGCCAACAAGUUUUAAAAAUACAGAACCAGGCUUACCAAUUACUACAAAGCCAGAAAAUCAACAAACUACUGAACCAGACAUAUUUAAUACGAAAAGUGUCAAAACUUCCGAACAGGACAUAUCCUUUACUACAGAACCAGAAAUUUUACUUACUACAGAACCUAAAUUGCUUUCAACUAAAGAAAAAGUAACUUUACAAACCGAAACCGAAGCAAAAAUGCAUUCAGAGCAGAAUACUAAAGAAAUGGACUCGGGUUCGUCGCCGAGUUUGGAAAUGCUUACAACAAAAUUUCCAAAUACAUUCACAUCAGAAGCAGAAACUGUGCAUCCAACCGAGUCAGAAAACAUUCUCAUUUCAAAAGCAAAUUUUGCAUCCUCGAAAUCGAUGGAUUCAAUAACUGCCGAAUCUCCAACAUUUACCAAUACUGAGGCUUUAUCAACCACUGACGAAGAAACAAUGGAACAGAAAACCUUCAUCACGAGAGAAUCCGGAAGUGUGUCACACUAUAAAACCUUGCCGACAACAGAAACAUUAUCUACUGAUCGAAUAGCAUCACAAACCACAGAAUCAGAAAUGCCACUCACAACGGAGACGGCGUCUUUUAUAAAAUCAGAUACCUCUACAACUGAUUCAGGAACACUGGUGACAACCGAUAUAUUGUUGCCAAGAAAUCCAGAAUUUUCCCCAAAAACAGAAUCGGUAACUUCAAUGAAAACGUUAACGGAAUCAGUAGACUUGGAAACUACGCAAUUGAAUUCAUUGUCCUCAAGCCAAACUCUGUCGCAUUUUGAACAAGGCAGUACGUCAACAGCGGAGUCUGAGACAAGAACAGAUCCAGAACAGGACAUAAUGUCAACAUCAGAACAAGGAACUUUUCUUACAAUGGAACCAACUGUCAUUUCCACAAUAGCAAAAGAAACAUCAACAACAGAAUCGGGAUUAUUUUCAAGUACAAAACAAACACAUUUAUCAAGUAAAGAUCCGGAGACACCCUUUUCUACAGACCAGGGGGCAUUUUUAAGUACAGAAGAGGGAACCCUGAAGACCACGGAACAGGCGUCGCUAUUAACCGUAACUGAACAACUCCUCACUACAGAGGGUGAGAAUACAACAGUAUAUAAGAGCACAACACAGGAAGCAUCAAACACGCCAAUACAAAUCACAAAUGGAACAGUGAAUUGUAUUUGCGUUUGUCAGUAUGUUUCUGUAUCACUUGAAGAAAUAAUUCACCGGAGGAAACGGGCGCUAAUGGUGAAUGAAGGAAAUCUUUCCUCUACAGUGAGAAAGCUGACUUGUGCGAAAGAUAAUCGCAAAUCAUCAACAUCAAUGGGAACAAUAGGAGGUGUGAUACUGUCGCUCAUUUUUGGCUUGAUUGUUUUAUCAGAUGUUUAUCCAGUUUACUUGUUUUUGUGUAAAAUAUUGAAAAUAUCUUCACAAGAUGUUUGA